ACUCAUUGUGAAUGACAGCGGUUUUUUGACAAUUGUCUCUGGCGGCAAACCGCAUUUUCCAAAAAAUCGUAAACUUUCUGCGGAAGAAAUAUAAAUUUUUAAAUUAAAUCUGAGUCUAAAUUAAUUAAAUAAAAGAUGACUGAAGCAAUGCCAGAGGAUAUGUGGACUCCGUACAAACACUUAUACAGGGUAAUCGAGAAUUCCAUAGCCAAUCCAUCAAAACUAAUAAUUCCAGAAUUAGAAUCAGUUCUAAGGAAGCACAAACAAAAUUUUACAAGUAUUCUAAGAAAUCCUCCAAAAAAUGAGAACAAUCGUACGCAACUUCGUCAAGGCAUUACCGAUGGCAUAAACAUCCCAGGCCAUGGUCAUAUGCUGUUGUCUAAAGAUCUGGUUGAUGAGAGCAUUAUCAUUUCGGAGAUGUUUAAUCUGGAUGAGUUCAUUGCCUUGGAACUGCUGUGUACAGCUCAGAGACAAAUGCCACAACAUCCUGGCUUGCCGCGAGGUCUGGUGGCUAUUCUGCUUUAUUACGAUGGCCGCAAGGCAAUAGCGUGUUCGUUGAGGGAUUUGUUUCAAGCCAGUAGUGGUGUAUCGUGGUGUACGGAUGCUCCGAAAGAAGUAACCUAUCUGAUAUCAUCAUUCUCUCAGAACCUAGUCGAAGAAUCGAGUGUGUUGGGUCGUGUUAUUGAACUUCUUGAACAACUGGAUAUAUCCGCUGAGUUGAGUAUUUUGACAAAAAAUCGGGCACUUGGACCUCCCAAACAUCGCCGACAAGUCCUUGACUUAUUCGAAGAUAUUCGUUUGGCUCUGGCUACUGCUCUCUUCAAUUGGUCCGCCCAAUGUGGCCUUCCUAAGAAUAUUGCCAAAAAGCUUAUGGAAUACCUCUCGAAGUACAAGCCAACCGAGCCUACAGGGGGAAUUGAUGACGUUACCAUGACCCUGUUGAUGGCUUUGUUGUAUUCCUUUGAUACGAGUGUGCUCCAAAGACAGGAAGACAAUGAACGAAGUGUUCAAAAUCUACCCAUCAUCAAUGAGAAUGGUUAUGCCCAACAUAUAUACGAGGCACUGCAAUCGGAUAACAAUUGGGAAUGGGAUAAUCGUUUGAAAUCAAUUGUUACGUUUGCUUUUGGACUUUCGAUGGCAAGUCUACGCCAUGCUCCACAGAAUCUUCAGUUCUCCUCGGCAAGAAUUAUCGAUCGUGAUGAACAACUUGUAGAUGAAGCAAUAGCAUUGAAAGUCUUUGAUUUUAUCCAUUACUAUCUUCUGGACAGGGAGAUUUUAUUUAAGUCUGAAUUUUUCUAUCGUCGUGUGCAUUCCCUGUUUACUGACUUCAUUGAUUUUAUGCACUCCAAGGUAACUGAAUUGAGAGGUCGUGCUGAUGAAACAGCUCGAACAGUUCAAGGCUUCGCCAAGGAAGGUCUAGACCCACCGCCAAAUUUAGAUCAUAAUUUCGAACUGCUAAUGUUAUCGAUUGGAAAGUUUUACGAUGGCAACAAAUCUGGUCUUUCGCUAAGUGUCGAAUAUUGGGGCCCAAUGGACAUUCCAGCAAAUUAUGCAAAAACCACAUCACGUUCGGUGUCGCUGUUUAAAUUUAUACGCUUGGCUGGUGAACUCUUGCCGCCAAUUUUAUUUGUUCCAUAUCUUAAGAUGUUGGCUGGACUUUCGAGUUGUGGUCAAUCGGCGCGGAAUACAUUCAAUUUACUUAAACAAGGUUCCGGUUUGUCUGGAAGUGCAACUCUAUCGUGGGAACAUUUUUUCAGUUCACUAGCUCGAUAUUAUUCGAACUUGCGACAAGAACAGUGUCCAGGAAGUGAGACAAUUUAUAGGAAUCGUGUCCUCAAUAGAAGUAUCAAUCCACAAGAAAUCGAAGGUUUAAAUGCUGUGCUUUGUGUUAUUAGAGCAGUUGCUUCCUACGAUGAAAUGGCCAGAGUAGCACUAUGUGAACAUCCCAAUUGGGCGCCUUUGCAUGUUUUGCUUGGACUUUUAAGCUGUUCGGUUCCAAUUAAUUUAAAAGCAGACAUUCUUUUGACAUUGGCUGCUUUGGGUAAAUCAAAAGACACGGCGAUUCAAUUGUGGAAUAAUUUAGAAGCAUCGCAAAUUAUUGCUACUAUACCUACAACUAAUACUUAUGUUGUAUGUGGAUUGGAAGUUGAAAUCGAACAAAAUGAAUCUCGCAAUGAAACAUAUCCUUUGUCGCAAGCAGCUUUAGAACUUCUGUAUACAUUAUCAUCAACUGCUGUUCCAAGGAAUCUUGGAGGAGGUCCAAGAAAACCUGGUCUUGAUCCAUAUUUAACAUUUAUUAUUGAUGCAGUAUUGCUUAAAUUUUAUAACAGAAACUACAAAAAUCCGUCAGAAAAAUGGGAAGUUGGCGAAAAGUGUUUGCGAUUACUUCAUUACUUCCUCAAGAGCUACGAAAUUAGUCCUGCUGAUUUUGCCGAGAAUCGUGAAGAGAAUGCUCCUCCUGGCUAUCACAUUAUGUUGCAACUUCAUACAAAGUCCGAUACUCUUCGACUAUUGCUGCAUAUCAUCGAUGAGGCACGUAACAAUCUCGACCAAUAUCAUCCGUUUCCAGGGAAAGCAAAACUCGAGGAAUGUGCUUUACAUUGUCUCAAUAUUCUCGAAUUGGGUCUAUCUAAUCAGGAUCUUUACUUUGAUGCUCAUUCAGUGGCAAAUUGUUCAACAUUACUCUCAGGAUUGAAUAAGAUUAUGUUGGAUGUAAAUCCCAGAAGUGGCAAACCCGAUCAUGUCCUUAAUACAACCAAAUUUGUUACCUACAACAGUUGGUUGCCACGUCAUGCUUUGGUUUGUGUUAAGAUUUUGAAUAUUGUUUCGCGUCUGCCGAAUGUAAGUUCCCAAAUUCUCGGAAUGUUCACACAAAACGAAAGAAUCCAAACCGAGAUUCGUCAUGGAUUUGUUGAAAGCUUAGAAGCCGACCUGCCUACCUCGUUGCCAGAUGAAGUUGAUGAUGAUGGAAAGAACGAGUUGAAAAUAGAAUUAGAAAUGAAAGAAGCCAUUAUAUGCUUGAUUCAAGACUGUCUGCCACAGCCUGCACCUAACAUCGCUCAUUUUCUGUUGGGUUUCGAUAUAACAAAGGACAUUCGAUCGACGUUAUUGCAAAAGCCUGGAGUGCUGGACUUUCCAAGCACAUGCACAAAGUCACUUGUUUUUGUAUUAGACAAUCAUUUAGAGACAUUAAAAUCGAAAGUAGAUUGCGAUGCAGCCUAUGAAUCAAUCAUAGAGAAGGCCUACGGGCUUUUGUAUUCAUUAUGCUUCAAUCAUCGCACCUCGGAAACUAUUUUACGUUUUCUUCGAACUUGCAAUGACUUCUUGUGCCGUCAUCUGUCUGCACUGCCGUUUAAAAAAUACAAACGCUCUCAAGUACUGAAUCAAAUAGGAUACCUCCUAAGAUGCACUGCCAUUGAACUGAAAAUAACAGCUGCUAAUAGUCAAAUAACACGUUUUCAACAUUUGUGUGAAAUUCUUUUAGGUGUAUCUGGAAAUGCAAGUCAAGAAAACGUUCCUUUAGAACUAAGUCACUAUUAUUCAAAUCCAUUAAGUGAAGUGAAGUCAUCCUCUGAUAAAGGGGCCAAGCUUUUAAUAUGUAAUCUAUUAGACUGUCUGGAAUUUGAAGCAAAAACUGUUACUCAUCCAAAGUGGGAUUUCUUUGAUAAUUCUCUAACGGCUCAGAUCUUACAAGAAUGUGAGCUUAAAUCCGAACAUGGCCCGAAACUGAUAAAUAUUAAAAAACUACAUGACAUUCUAAACGACGAGCUGCACACUGUCCAGAAUACAAUUGCUUCGGGUCAACGACAAUUGAUCCUAAAAGAAAUUGAAUCGGUUUUAUUGUUCGCGUUGAAAGUUAAUGAACAAAAAAAUACAAGUUAUGCCACAGUCAAAUUCAUGGAAGCUUGGGGACAGGUUACAGAAGUUCUGUUUAGUUGUGCUCCAGUUCCGGCUCUUCCUGUAGAGGUCAAACAGGAAUUGAUUAUUGAAAUUCUCCAAAGCAUUCUGAGUAAGGUUGUACCAGUGCAGGUUCUGUUGGAACUGGCGAACAUUUCAUCCGGAACUGUAUUGCUGUUGUUAGUUAAUUUGAGAUAUUGCAACAUACAGAAAUCCAAUGCUCUUAAAGAAUCAGAUCAAAAUGACAAUCGUCAUCUGUCAGCACUCAACGGGAAUGGAAAGUCACAUUCAACAUUUUCCAAGUCGAAUACACUAAGUCUGAAAUUUAUUUUACGCAACAUUGUAGAAUGGAUUAUUGUGAGCGGUGUGGCAUCCCAAAAGCUGAGAAUUAAUUUGUAUGCUUCACUUCUUAAUUUUAUGCACAUAGUUAAAGGGAAUUCAUCUGAAGCCGCAGCAAUAAGGACAGACGAUGAACACUAUAUUUCGCGUCUUGAUCGAUCGAUGUUCACUUCCGAUGAUAACGGAUACUUGGGUGAAUCCAAUCAAGUUCAGAUGACAGUUGAAGUCUUCACCUCGUUUGGUGAUAAGCUGAUUGAUAUCUUAUGUCAUGAUUGCAUAGGUGGACAUGAUAUUUGUAAAAUGUCAGCCCUAUCUUGCAUCGAUACUCUGCUUGACUUGGAUUCAUUGACAAGUUUCAUUAAUUUCAUUGCAAAACGUGGUUAUUUGUCGCAUCUCAUCGAUAGUCUUUUAAAGUCGGAUGAAAGCCUGUGUCGGGUGCUGCGGAAUACUCCGGAAAAUAUGCGGGCAUUGUAUGUUUACGAGUCGAAAAUGGCUAUGUUGGCUCGUGUGGCGAGUUCACAUGUUGGCGCCGAACUUCUCUUGGAAGAUAAAAUUCUGGGAGUUUUAGCUGGCAUGAAAGUGUUUGAUAUGCAUCCCGAUUUUCAAAUAAACAAUUACGCACGCCAUAGACAUGGGGAUUCCUUUGUGCCUCCAAUCGAGGCACGUUACCAGCAAAUUCUGUUUCCUGCCUUGAAUCUUUGCGACGCAAUUAUUUCAACACUUGGCCCAGAAAACCAUUCGGCUAUAUCUCAAAUUGUGCACUUCUUACUUUCUCAUGGGGAUAUGAUUGAGAUAAUAUUGCGUGCUGGUACUCCAUUCCUUGAUCUUGGACUUCUGCAGGAACUUUCAUCCAUUACGGGCUUGAUUGCCCGUACUACAAAUCAAGAGUUUUUAGCUUUGGCUGAUCCGAGUUUCAAUCAAGACGUUGGCGUUCAUCUUUAUCGAAUGCAACGGCUUAUGUUGUCAUUAUUGCCGCGAUUCAUAAUAAGUGAGGGGACUUUGAAGGAAAUGCAAAAGCCAGAAAAUAUUUUGUAUUCACCAACUGACAAGAACAAAGCGUUGCAGGUGAAGUACUUUUUGGAAACAGCUUCGAACCUAGUGUUGUAUUGCCGAAAUGCCAUUGCAAAUCAUUCAGCUGAUCAUCGGGCUACAGGAAUAAUAUUCUCACCCAGUAUAACAGACUCAAUUCAAAGGAAUGAGAACCGAAGUGGAUCUCUUGAAAUUUCUCCCAGUUUGGGAGUAGUCCUUAAUCAAUUAAAGAGUUCGGUAGAGUACUACAAUAGACAGAAAUCAGUAUUCGAAAAUCUUCAACGGCAGCGUUCGUCAUUAUCAAACAUUGGUCUAGACUCAACAGCUCGAUCAAAUUAUGCUGAGCUAUCGGAGCGAUUAGCUGAAAAACAAAAUGAACUCAAUCAUUGUGCAUUUAUAACAGAACAAUGUUUAUAUCUUCUAUGGACACAUUUGGAUUUCUUCAUGAGACGUACAAUUCCUGUGAACACACUCCAAUUCAAUAAAACUGCUCCAUUUUCAUCCGAUACUUUUGUAUCGUCGUCAGCUGAGGCAAGUUGGCGUGUUUCUUCAGAAGAUGUUAGUUAUUUGAAAAAGAAUUUAGUUUCAAUAUUUAAUGAAACAUUCAGCAAACAAUUAAUAUCAACCGCACAGACUCAAGCAGUUGCAGAUAAAGGAUUUACCGAAGCAUUGUUGAGACGUAUAAAAUGUUUGAUACAAUUUGUGCCAGUAAAUUAAAAAAAAAAACAACAAAAUUCUGAAAUUUUUUUAUGUUUUAUGUCUUAUAUUUUUUUAAAACAAAAAAUUAAAAUUGUUUUCGUUUAAAUUCUA